CCAGCCCCUGGCUGCAGCCCUGGGCGCUGCUCCUCAGUCUCCUGGGUGCCUUCUUCUGGAUGGGCUUGAACCUCCGGCGGGCCGGGGUGCGCCUGCCUCUGGCUGCCGCGCUGCUGGCCGCCUGCUGCGGAGUGGAAGCCCUCGUCCAGAUUGGGCUGGGCGUCGGGGAGAAUCGCCUGCUGUCGCUGCCCGCCGCGGGGGUGGUGCUCAGUUGCCUGGCCGCCGCGACAUGGCUGGUGCUGAGGCUGAGGCUGGGCGUCCUCAUGAGCGCCUGGACUAACGCGGUCAGGACCGUGGCCCUCGUUUCCUUGGAGAGGUUCAAGGUCCCCUGGAGACCUUACCUGGCGUACUUGGCCGGCGCGCUGGGGAGCCUCCUGGCUAGGUACGCGGAGCAGAUCCUGCCUCAAUCUCCGGGGCCGGCUCCGAGGGAGCGGGCUGGGACCAAGGACGAGAUCCCGGCGUUCCAGAGAAGGCGGCGGUCCAGCUCCGUGGUGGCUGCUGAGAUGUCGGGCUGCGGCGGCAAGUCCCACCGCAGGACCUCCCUGCCCUGCAUCCCCCGAGAGCAGCUCAUGGGUCAUUCAGAAUGGGACCACAAGCGUGGACCUCGAGGAUCACAGUCCUCAGGAACCAGUAUUACCGUGGACAUUGCCGUGAUGGGCGAGGCCACGGCCUCAUCACCGACCUCCUGGCGGACCCCACUCUGCCCCCGAAUGUGCACAUCGCUGCGGGCCGUGAGCAACCUGCUCAGCACGCAGCUCACCUUCCCGGCCGUCCACAAGCCCAGAGCCAACCCCGUGGUGUCCUUCAGUGAAAACUACACCUGUUCCGAUUCAGAAGAGAGCUCUGAAAAAGACAAGCUGACCAUCCCCAAGCGCCUGAGGAGAAGCUUGCCCCCGGGCUUGUUGAGACGAGUUUCAUCAACUUGGACAACUACCACCUCAGCCACAGGUCUGCCCACCUUGGAACCCGCACCAGUACGGAGGGACCGUAGUGCCAGCGUUAAGCUACAUGAAGCACCUUCAUCCAGUACUGUUAAUCCUGAUUCUUGGAAUAGCCCUGUGAUGAUGACCCUCACCAAAAGCAGAUCCUUCACUUCAUCCUACGCUGUUUCUGCAGCUAACCAUGUAAAGGCUAAGAAGCAAAGUCGGCCAGGUGAUCUUGCUAAAAUCUCACCUCUUCAAUCGCCCUGUUCUUCACCUCUCCAAGGGACUCCUGCCAGCAGCCCUGUCAGCAAAAUUUCUGCAGUGCAGUUUCCAGAAUCAGCCGAGACAACUGCCAAACAUGGUCCAAGUUCUCACAGGAUUUUAACCUAUACUCAGAGUGCCCCUGACCUGUCCCCUCAGACCCUGGCUCCACCUGUUGUAUGCAGCAGCUGUGGCAGACCUUACUCCCAAGCGACUCCUGCAGAUGGGCCCCUGGAGAAAAGUGGCGAAGCCACUCAGGCAUCCAGCAGAACAGAUGACACUGCCCAAGUUACCUCUGAUUAUGAAACCAAUAACAACAGUGACAGCAGUGACAUUCUCCAGAACGAAGACGAGGCUGAGUGUCCGAGAGGGUCGCUGAGGAAGACAUUGGCUUGUGGCACCUACGGUCCUGAAGCCGUGAUAUUCCUGAAUAAACCAGUUCUUGCCCCCGAACCUCUUGUCAUGGAUAACCUGGAUUCAAUUAUGGAGCAGCUAAAUACUUGGAAUUUCCCCAUUUUUGAUUUAGUGGAGAAUAUAGGAAGAAAAUGUGGCCGUAUUCUUAGUCAGGUCUCCUAUAGACUGUUUGAAGACAUGGGCCUCUUUGAAGCUUUUAAGAUUCCAGUUAGAGAAUUCAUGAAUUAUUUUCACGCUUUGGAGAUUGGGUACAGGGAUAUUCCUUAUCAUAACCGAAUCCAUGCCACUGAUGUCUUACAUGCUGUUUGGUAUCUUACGACACAGCCUAUCCCAGGCCUCUCCACCGUGGUUAAUGACCCCGGGUCAGCAAGUGAUUCAGACUCUGACAGUGGAUUUACACAUGGGCAUAUGGGAUAUGUGUUUUCAAAAAUGCAUAAUGCGGCGGAUGAUAAAUAUGGAUGCCUUUCCGGAAACAUCCCUGCCUUAGAGUUGAUGGCGCUGUACGUAGCUGCAGCCAUGCAUGACUAUGACCACCCAGGGAGAACGAAUGCUUUCCUGGUUGCUACCAGUGCUCCUCAGGCGGUGCUAUAUAAUGAUCGCUCUGUUUUGGAGAAUCAUCAUGCAGCUGCUGCAUGGAAUCUUUUCAUGUCCCGGCCAGAGUAUAACUUCUUAAUUAACCUUGACCAUGUGGAAUUUAAGCAUUUCCGCUUCCUUGUCAUUGAAGCAAUUUUGGCCACUGACUUGAAGAAACACUUUGACUUCGUAACCAAAUUUAAUGCCAAGGUGAAUGAUGAUGUUGGAAUAGACUGGACCAAUGAAAAUGAUCGUCUCCUGGUUUGUCAGAUGUGUAUAAAGUUGGCUGAUAUUAAUGGGCCAGCUAAAUGUAAAGAACUUCAUCUUCAGUGGACAGAGGGUAUUGUCAAUGAAUUCUAUGAACAGGGUGAUGAGGAGGCCAGCCUUGGGUUGCCCAUCAGCCCCUUCAUGGACCGUUCUGCUCCCCAGCUGGCCAAUCUGCAGGAAUCUUUCAUCUCUCACAUUGUGGGGCCUCUGUGCAAUUCGUACGACUCAGCAGGACUCAUGCCUGGAAAAUGGGUUGAAGACAGUGAUGAGUCAGGAGAUACUGAUGACCCGGAAGAGGAGGAAGAAGCCACAGCAGCCAAUGAAGAAGAGACCUGUGAAAAUAAUGAAUCUCCCAGAAAGAAAACUUUCAAAAGGAGGAAAAUCUACUGCCAAAUAACUCAGCACCUCUUGCAGAACCAUAAGAUGUGGAAGAAAGUCAUUGAGGAGGAGCAGCAAUUGUCUGGCAUUGCAAAUCCAGCCCUGGACCAGUCUGCUCAGCAGCAUGCCUCAGAGCAAAUCCAGGCCAUUGAGGAAGAGGAGGAAGAAAAAGGGAAACCAAGAGCAGAGGAAACCCUGGCUCCAAAGCCAAACCAGUGACCCUGCAUAGAACGGGCUGAGUUUCCAAACAUAUGUUGAUUUGUCAUGGACUCCUUUUCAAGCCAGCACAACACUUAGACACAACACUGUAGAAAUGAAAGAAGAUGGGGAAAUGGCUAUUGCACUUUGGGGUCCUUUGCAUUUUAUGUGUUUAUUUUUACAGUGAGGUACAUUGUUAAAAACUGCUGCUCCAAGAAGCUUUCACACCACAACACCAGCUUCUGUGGAUAUUUUUUUUUUGUAUGGAGGAAAUAUAUAUGUGUGUGUGUGUGUAUAGGCUCCCACAUAGA